GGUGGCGCGGGCAGCCGAGGCGCUGAGGACCCCGCAGUACGGCCGGGCGCUGCCAUGGCGGCGGGGGUGUGGAGGCUGCUCUUGCUGCUGCUGCUGUCGCCGCUGCCCGCUGCCGCUGUCUACGAGGAUCAAGUGGGCAAGUUCGAUUGGAGACAGCAGUACGUGGGGAAACUCAAGUUCGCCUCCUUGGAAGCCUCUCAGGGCUCGAAGAAGCUCGUGGUGGCCACUGAGAAGAACGUGGUGGCCGCCCUGAACUCUAGAAGCGGUGAAAUCUUGUGGCGCCAUGUAGACAAGGGAACGCACGAAGGAGUGAUUGACGCGAUGCUGAUCCAUGGGCAGGAUGCCAUCACAGUGUCCAAUGCUGGGCGCAUUCUGCGUUCCUGGGAGACCAACAUUGGAGGGUUGAACUGGGAGACGUCCCUGGACACUAGCAGUUUCCAGGCUGCUAGUUUGGUGGCGCUGCAGGAUGCAGUGAAAUAUGUGGCAGUCCUGAAGAAGGCAGCUAUCUCUCUUCUCUACCUUUCCAAUGGGCACCAGAAAUGGGCAGAACACUUACCAGAAAAUGAAGGUAUCCAAUACCAGUUGUUGUAUUCCCGUGGGACUGGAGUGAUCCACGUGCUUGGAAUUGUUCCCCAGAGCCACUUGAACAUUUUAACAUUCCAUGUAGAAGAUGGAGAAAUUACAAAACAGAGCAGAGUAGCAGCGCCCUGGCUGAAGUCUCUCAGCGGUGCCUGCAGCGUGGUGGGGGAGGCCGUGCUGGUGUGUGUAGACACAGACUCACAUUCGCUCUAUGUUUGCUCCUUGGAGACAGAGCAGGAGAUGGAGCAGAUCCCACUGCAGUCACUUGACCUGGAGUUUGCUGAUGGCUUCCAGCCCCAGAUAUUGGCCACUCAGCCCCAUGUUAUCGGUGCUUCGCGGACUCAGUUCUUCCUGCAGCUUUCUCCGAGCCACUUCUCCCUGCUGCAGUACAAACAUGGGCUGCUCAGCCACCUCCGGGACUUCCAGCAGGUAGCUCUGGUGAGUUUUGCAACCACUGGGGAGAAAACUGUGGCUGCUGUGCUGACCUGCAGGAGUGAACUGAAACCUGGAAGUUCUGAUGGCCUUCAUGCAGGAAGCACUCUAGAGGAAUCCCGGAAGCAGGAAUCCUUAAUCUGUUCCAAUCAAACCUACAAUAUUAAUCUCUACCUGGUUGAAACUGGACAAAGGUUGUUGGAUACCACGAUUACCUUUACAUUGGAGCAGAGCGGUGCCAAGCCACAGCAGCUCUACAUCCAAGUUUUCCUGAAGAAGGAUGACUCUGUGGGCUACCGAGCCUUGGUGCAAACAGAAGACCACAUGCUGAUGUUCCUCCAGCAGCCAGGAAAGGUUGUGUGGAGUCGAGAGGAGUCUCUGGCAGAAGUGGUAAGCUUGGAGAUGGUGGAUCUGCCUCUGACAGGCGCACAGGCUGAGCUGGAGGGAGAAUUUGGAAAGAAAGCAGAUGGUUUGCUGGGCAUGUUUCUGAAGCGGCUGUCCUCCCAGCUCAUCCUGCUGCAAGCCUGGACUGCGCAUCUUUGGAAGAUGUUCUAUGAUGCCAGGAAACCCCGAAGCCAGAUUAAAAAUGAGAUUAACAUUGACAAUUUGGCCAGAGAUGAGUUUAACCUCCAGAAAAUGAUGGUGAUGGUCACUGCUUCAGGAAAGGUUUUUGGUAUUGAAAGCAGUUCUGGCACCAUCCUGUGGAAGCAGUACCUCAGGGAUGUGAGACCAGGCUCCUCCUUCAAGCUGAUGGUCCAAAGAACGACAGCCCAUUUCCCACACCCGCCACAGUGCACCUUGCUCGUUAAGGACAAGGAAACCAAAAUGAGCUUUCUGUAUGUCUUCAACCCCAUCUUUGGAAAGAGAAGUCAAGUAGCUCCCCCUGUUCUGAAGCGCCCAAUUCUUCAGACUUUGCUUCUGCCUAUUAUGGAUCAAGACUAUGCCAAAGUGCUGCUCCUGAUUGAUGAUGAGUACAAGGUUACAGCUUUCCCAGCAACUAAAAAUGUCCUUCGCCAGUUAAGAGAAAUUGCCUACUCGAUCUUUUUUUAUCUCGUCGAUGCUGAGCUGGGAAAACUCUCUGGAUUUAGGCUGAAAAAGGACCUGUCGACAGAGGAGAGCUGGGAGGUGAUGAUCCCCCCUGAGGUACAGAGGAUUGUUUCUGUGAAAGGGAAGAGGUCCAACGAGCACGUGCAUUCCCAGGGCCGCGUGAUGGGAGACCGAAGUGUUCUCUAUAAGUCCUUGAAUCCCAACCUGCUGGCUGUGGUGACAGAGAGCACCGAUACGCAUCAUGAGCGUACUUUCAUUGGGAUAUAUCUGAUCGAUGGAGUCACGGGCAGGAUCAUCCACUCUUCGGUACAGAAGAAGGCGAAGGGACCUGUCCACAUUGUCCACUCGGAGAACUGGGUGGUGUACCAGUACUGGAACACGAAAGCACGUCGGAAUGAGUUCACAGUCCUGGAGCUGUAUGAGGGAACAGAGCAAUACAAUGCCACAGCCUUCAGCUCCCUCGACCGCCCAAUUUUACCGCAGGUCCUCCAGCAGUCAUACAUCUUUCCAUCUGCUAUCAGUGCCAUGGAGGCCACCAUCACUGAGCGAGGCAUCACCAGCCGUCAUUUGCUCAUUGGGCUGCCUUCUGGGGCCAUCCUCUCCCUGCCGAAGGCUCUGCUGGAUCCUCGCCGCCCAGAGAUCCCUACAGAACAAAGCAGGGAAGAGAACCUGAUCCCCUACUCUCCUGAUGUGCAGAUCCAUGCUGAGAGGUUUAUCAACUACAAUCAAACCAUAUCGCGGAUGAGAGGGAUUUACACAGCCCCCUCCGGCCUGGAGUCUACUUGUUUGGUUGUUGCGUAUGGCCUGGACAUCUACCAGACUCGCGUGUACCCGUCGAAGCAGUUUGAUGUCCUGAAAGAUGACUACGACUACGUGCUGAUAAGCAGCGUCCUCUUUGGGCUGGUUUUUGCUACAAUGAUCACGAAGAGACUGGCGCAGGUGAAGCUGCUGAACCGGGCCUGGCGGUAGGGCCCUGUGAGGAGGAGUCUGCACUCUGAGCUGCCCGAAGAUUCGCUACCCUGCGCUGCCACUGGGUUCUUUUAGAAGAUCUGAUGGAUGCAAACAGCUCUGUGGCAGAUAUUUGGGAGGAGAAGCUGCUUGUUCAACACAACACUGUGCUGCUGACAUUUCCUCUGGUGCAAAGAAAUGGGAGAGAGGUGGAGAAGAGAUGUAGGUCUGUUAUGACUGGAAAAGAACUCUCCCACUCCUCCGUUAAAGCCCUAACGUCCCCAGUGCUAAUGGAGCUAAUCCUGGGGGUGUGCCUCCUCCUGAUCUCCGACUCAUCCUUGGUGCCUGGGUCAGAGAAGGUGGCUGGAGUGGGAAUGCUGCUGUGUGCACAAGGCCCGAGAGGAGGAGGAGGUGGUGGCGUUGAGCCACUUUGUUGGGAGGAAUGUCAAAUGGGGUGGGAAACACUUUCACCACGGUGCAUGAGGACAUACAGCUAUGUCUGUUUGUGAUCUUUAUUUAUGAAGAUGCCAAGGCCGGCUCCUUCUCCAUCCCUUCCCUGGGUGUGGUUCUGCUGCUUUGGUCUGAGGCAGCAUGGCAGGGACGCUUCCUCCACCCUUCCAUCACAACGCGGCUCCAAUAGAGGCCAAGUGCUGUCAC